CUCCGUUUCGCCGAUCAGCCGUGGGUCGUGACCUCGGGCACAAGGCACGGCUGACGGCCUCGGCCGGCUGCUGUCGGACGCGCUCGGCGACGACCGCGCGCCACCUCAGGAGGCGGCGCGGUGGCGCGCGCGCGUACGGCACAAGCCGGGGCUACAUACAGCAUACAGGCUCGCGGGCACGGCUCUCAGUGCGACGCCGGGUGCCGUUCGCGGUGGGGAUGUGUCCACGUCGCGUACCGCGUCCGUAGGGCCCCUGCACGCGCUUACGCUCCGGUGACGUCGUCAGCCGCGCGACUGACUCCUCUCCCCCGUGGUCGGACGCGCGCCGCCCUCUCGUUCGCGUACGUCUGUGCUACGUGCUUCAUCCCCUCCUGCUCCGUGCUGCGGGUAUUUUUUUUUUCUUUUUCUUCCCCCCCUCUCUCUCUCUCUUUCUCUCUCUCGCUUUCUUUCUCUCCCUCUCUCGGGGCCUGACGGCCUGAGACCUGAGAGCGGGAAGGAGCGGUAGCGCGCGCGUUGUUGCGGUCUAUCGACUCCUCGCGCUCGAGCGGGGAUAACAUCGAGGUGUGCGGCGCGAACGUCGUGCUAUGCCAGUAUAAAUAUUGUUCUGUCGCUUCUCUCGCGCGAGCCGCAGCUUCUUCUCCACUCCCUUCGCCCUCUCUCUCUCUUUCUCUCUCUCUCUCGUGUCUUCUCCCGUUUUUUCCCUCCCAUCAUCCUAUCUUUCUCUCUUUCUCUCUUCUCGAAUUCCUCAUUGUUUCGUCGCUGGUCGCGCGCGCGGCUCGCGGCCGCACGCUCGAUGCGCCGUCGUGCUUCCCUCGUUCGACGAACGCGAAUUAUUCGUGUGACAAACGCGAGUGACAAUCGGGGGCUCGUACCAGUGACUCUUCCCGCGGUGCGGAAUGGCCGGAGUAUUUAUCCCGUGUAAUCCCGCAGGACGCGGCUCCGGUGAGCCGCGGUGAUCGUGCCGCUCUGUCAUCUGUUUCCAAGAAAAGAUAGAGGGGGAGAGAAGGAGAGAGAGGAAGAGACAGAGCGAGAGGACUGGCCUCUACCUGCCGAGCGAGCGACCGAGACUGUGGUGUGUACGUGGUAUGGCUCGUCGUCGGUGGUUCCUCACCGCCUUUAUUACAGCGGAACCCGAAUGCGUGCGCGAACGCGAGCGUCGCCGUACCCCUCUCGCCUGACCGGCCUACCCGCCGCCACUGUAAGGCUGCGUUCACACGUGAAAUCGAUUUUCGCGCGGGGACCGUCGCCGUCAUCGUCGUCGUCCUCAUCCGGCCGUACCUCGCCAGGGAGGAGACGCAUUACCGCGGUUAAUGAACGGAACCAACGCCGGCCGAUCGUCCAAUCAGCUUUUAGCCAGGCUGGACGAGCGUAGUCGAAUGCAGCUGGGCUCAGCAUGCCCUCUAAGAAGCAGUACAACCUCGUACAUAAUGACGAGUACGACACGCGAAUACCGCUGCACAGCGAGGAGGCGUUCCACCGCGGAAUCGUGUUCCACGCCAAGUUCAUCGGCUCUAUGGAGGUUCCGCGACCGACUAGCCGAGUGGAGAUCGUGGCGGCGAUGCGAAGAAUCCGCUACGAAUUUAAGGCCAAAGGGAUCAAGAAAAAGAAAGUGACGCUGGAAGUCUCGGUGGACGGGCUAAAAGUGACCCUACGGAAAAAGAAGAAGAAACAGCAGCAAUGGAUGGAUGAGAAUAAAAUUUAUCUGAUGCAUCAUCCGAUUUACAGGAUAUUCUACGUCUCGCACGACAGCCACGAUUUAAAAAUAUUUAGUUACAUUGCCCGUGACGGGAGCAGCAAUACUUUCAAGUGUAACGUCUUCAAAUCUAGCAAAAAGAGUCAAGCGAUGAGGGUAGUCAGGACGGUUGGGCAAGCUUUCGAGGUGUGCCAUAAGUUAAGCAUAAGCAACACUACGGAGGAACGUGGCGAGAAAGACGGGGAGAAUCACGGUGAAAAUUACGGUGAUGUUUACGAGGACCAAGAUGAAAUUCCUAACGAGCAAUCUCAGCCUUCUCCGUCGCCGGUACAUAAAGACAUAUCAUUAUUGGGGGAUACUGAAGAUUCGGUUCCCGAGCAAACGUCCGUUACCUGUCUGCUUCGAUCACACGACGGACCGGCGACGACAACCUCUACCUCACCAAUCAGGCAGUCGCCGUCGGGCACGGUGACCUCCGAGUGCGGAGGUUUAUUGGUGGGAGGCGAAUUAACAGCCCUGAAACACGAAAUACAGCUUCUGCGUGAACGUUUGGAGCAACAGAGUCAACAAACCAGAGCUGCCGUUGCCCAUGCGCGACUCCUUCAAGAUCAGCUGGCGGCGGAAACGGCAGCGCGCGUCGAAGCUCAGGCGAGGACGCACCAACUUCUAGUGCAGAAUAAGGAAUUGCUAGAACAUAUAAGUGCGCUGGUGGGCCAUCUGAGGGAACAGGAGCGUGUUUCCGGUGGUCACGUGACCACCUCGCAGUCGCAAAUCCCGACGCCCGCGUCCAUGCAGCAGAACGCGGCGGUUCCCGACCUGUCGGGCCUCGGCCAGUGCCAACGGACCGGGGGCCAGAGUUCGCCAUGGGAAUUGGAUCCACCGACCUUUCCGUACUGUACAUAUCCGCCGGAAUCGCUGUAUUCUAGUGGUCUCGGCGCCAUGGGAAUCCAGAGCAAUAACACCGCUACGGAUCAAUUGCAGUUCCAGACGCAGCUGCUGGAAAGACUGCACAAUCUAAGCCCGUUUCAGCCUCAGAGAUCGCCCUACAAUACACCGUCGCCGUAUGCAAUGGGCCCAAGUCUACUUCUACCUCCAUGCGGCGGUCCAUCGAAUUCAGCCCAGCUAUCCCCAAAUUCCCUGAGAAUCUCCCAACCGAACAGUUUCUCCUCGUCGCCUAUUAUGGCUCACAAGCUCGAAAACUACGGGACGGAUAAUUUCGACAACGCCUUCAUAAAGCCCUUGCCGUGCACCAAUGAUAAAAACGUAUCACAUCCAUCGAUCGACACUAAGAUCAAGCAAGAACGCUCGAAUCUGCAAGAUUCUUCCGAAAUACCUCCGAUAAUUCUGGACCCUCCACCGCAAGGCAGACGCAGUACAGACAGCACGGUCAAGAAAGCGAGCACGAAGCAAAGUUCGAACGUGGCUCACGGCGUACAAGACAAGAACAAUUUGCAAAACCCGAAAGGCCUGGCGACCAUCCUGCGAUCCUCAGGUCCGCCGCCUUCCCGCACGACGAGCGCUCGACUGCCCUCGCGCAACGAUUUGAUGAGCGAAAUGCAGCGAACAACUUGGGCUCGCCAUACGACCAAAUGACGAAACACUGUCCAGUACAAUAAUGCAAAUCUGCGUGACCUUCGGCUCCGUUAAACGAAGCCGAUAGUUUCGUUAGAAUUCGAAGAAAACGCAAGUCCAAGUAUAUUAUAUUCUAUUAGUCAUGGAUCACGAAGGAAGUUUUACGCGUGGGGCUUGAGAACCUUUGAUUUUUAACGGAUGACAGGAUUUGCAUUUUCUCCUCAAAGAUCGCUCAAAAUCUUAUUUUAAAAUUACUGAAAUGAGUGCAUGAUUUUUCGAUACGUAAAACUGAAUUUACGUUUCGAAAAAUUAUCGAACAAAUUGUCCUGUGAAAAUUUGUUGCCAAUAAAAAGUAUAAGAAUUUUAAGAAUAUAUAUACUUAUAUCUUUUACAAAGAUUUACUAGAGCUCUAAAUCGCUCGGUGCAGAGUCAAUAAAUUAUCAUAGCAUAGCGAUAUUCCUGUGACGAACGUGAGAAUCGUGAUUUGUACAUUCGUUUGCAUCUUACGUGUAACGUGUCUGUAAAGAUUGAAAACGAUAGUCGCGUUCGGGCGAAUUAGUGGACGUAUACCUCACGCAUGUGUCCGAAGAGACAGAUUGUAAUACGUAAUUCGUACAUUUAUUCGUAUCGCGACAUUUACAGUGUACGCCCAGUAUAUAAAAAGUCGCCAUUUAGCGGACGGACUUGUGCCAAAAGUACCAAUCGUCUUAAGAGAAUUUAUUUUCAGUAUAUUUUUAAGUAAUGUAAAAAUAAAGAUAAGCGUGAUCACAGAA